AUGGCCACCCCCAAUGUUCUCACUUUUGACGCUGAGGGGAGGGCCAUUGACUUUGCCGUCUGGAUCGAGGAUCUGCAGCUGUACUUACUGUGUGAUGCGGUAGAUGAGGUCUCUCUCUUUGACUUUGUCUCUGGCGCUGUCCCUGCCCCGCCUGCUGAUGCUGACUCUGCCGUUCGCUCCAAGUGGGCGACCCGCGAUGCUGCUGCACGUCUUGCUGUGCGUCGCCACCUCCCUUCCUCUGAGCGUGCCCACUUUAGUCAGUGCAAGACCGCUCAGGCCUUGUACGACGCUGUAGUUGCGCGCUACUCCUCCCCUUCCUCCGCUACCCUUAGCCGCCUCAUGCUACCGUUUCUCUUCCCUGACCUCGCUUCCUUUCCCACUGUCGCUGACCUCGUUACCCACCUCCGCGCUAGUGACACCCGCUACCGCGCUGCCCUUCCUGCUGAGUUCCGCGCUGCGAACCCUCCUCCCAUGUACAUCACUCUCUACUUUCUCGUCACCCGUCUCCCUGAGUCCCUUCGUGUCGUUAGGGACCAGGGUGUGGUCCCUCCCCCCUGCUGCCCUCUGUCGCCUCUGCCGCUGCGGCCGACCUCGUUGGUUUUGAGUCGGUCGGCGCGGCGUCUGCCCCCAGUGGCAGACGCCGCACUGGCAAGGGCAAGGGGGGCAAGGGAGCGGGUGGAGCCAGAGGGGGCGGUGGAGGAGGCGGUGGGGGUGGAGGGGGGAGUGGGGGUGGCGGGGGGGGUGGUGGCGGGAGUGGAGGUAGUAGUGGCGGCGGUGGAGGCGGAGGUGGCGGCGGAGGUGGUAGCGGAGGAGGCGGUGGGAUCGGUGGGAGCGACGGUCCUGGUGGGGGAGGUGGCGGUGGCGACGGGGGUGGCGGUGGAGGCGGGGGUGGCGGUGGAGGAGGGGGUCGGAGUGGCUCGUCCCAGCGGAGCAGCUCUGGGGGUGGUCAGCGCCAGCAGCAGCAGCAGCAGCAGCCACAGCAGCAGCCGCAGCAGCAGCAGCGCUCUCGCACCGUCCCCGGCCCUCAGCAGCUCCGUGAGUGGUACUUGCAGCGUCAGCGCGGUGGUGCGCUUGGUCCCUGCCCCUACGUUCUUCGCACUGGUGACCGUGCAGGGGAGAGGUGUGGAGGCGCCCACACAGCCCGUCGCUGCUUUGGCCGCCUGA